AUGGUGCCUCUCUGGUCUUUUAGCGUCAUCGCUGCCAUUCUUUGUCUGCGCUCCCUUGCAGCAGGUACAGGCAAUAUCAUCAAUCAUGGUUUCAGUAUAUCUAUUGACGACAAAUCCUACUACAUCGAUCCUGAGCCGCGGUUUCAUCUCGCGGCUUGUGGAAAUUGCAAAAAGAGUGAAUAUUCGGCAUCAAUUGCUGGCUUCAGUCGGGUCACAAUCUUCAAUGCCCAAAGCACUUUAUUCUCCGAUUCCGAUCUAGACGACGCAAUUGAUGCGUAUUUGUCUCACGAUGAUGUGUUUAGUAUUGCGUUUUUGCAAGGCAUAUAUGUUCGGCCUGCAAAAGGGUUGCCACUAAAUAUAACUGCCUCUUCCAAACGAGCCUCCGAUCGUUUCGGUACCCAUUUCAUCGAGCCUCUUGGUUUGGGUGAAGAUAUUCCGCCUGGACCGUACAUGUUUUCUUCGGGAUCUUUGGGAUUGCACGCCCCAUAUUUGCUUUAUACAGACUUCCAGGGCGCGUUUCACCAGGGCAUUGUUUCUUCAACGAACGGUUCUUUUAAGCCACUCCCAGUUUCAAACGUCGGCUCUUCUUCUCAAACUAUUCCUGUUCCGUCCCGGCUAUACUACAAGCCGACGACUGAGAAACCGCUCGACGGUAUACGGGUCGGAGUCAAAGAUAUAUUUGAUAUCAAAGGUGUCAAGACGGGAGCAGGAAGCCGGGCCUAUUAUGAGUUGUAUCCGGCAGCCAAUGAAACUGCACCUAUCGUCCAGCGACUUGUUGAUGCGGGAGCUAUCAUCAUUGGCAAACUGAAGACUACACAGUUCGCCGCUCCUGAGAACGCUCGAGAUGCCAUUGACUAUCAGGCUCCCUUCAAUCCUCGUGGUGAUGGAUACCAGGAGGUAGGCUCCUCUUCGUCGGGUCCAGGUAGUGCCGUGGCUUCAUACGAGUGGAUCGAUCUCGCGUUGGGAUCCGAUACUGGAGGUUCUGUUCGUGUACCGGCUGAGGACAAUGGUCUCUUUGGUAACCGACCAACACAUGGACUGGCGGAUUUGAGCAGUGUUGUUCCAUUGGCGCCCCAAUUCGACACGCCAGGGUUUCUAGCGCGCGACCCCAGGCUAUGGGCCAAGGCUUGCCAAGUUGUCUAUUCGAACUUUAAAAAGAGUUAUAACGCUUAUCCAAAGAAAAUCUCAGCCAUGGGGAUACCCAUCAAGAGCGUUGUUGAUCAGAGUGAAUCUGACGGCAUGAUUGCAAAUUUCGUACGAAAACUUGAGGCCUUUUUAGAAGCCAAAACGACAUCUUACAACCUCUCCAAACAUUGGGCUGAUACGCGACCAGAAUCCUCACCAGCCAACGUGCAGGAUUUACUCAGUCAGACAUGGGCAGUGAUUUCAGCUCAAGAACAGAUUCGUCUUGUUCGAGAGCCAUUUUAUAGAGACUAUGCAGCCAAAUUCGAUGGACGACGACCCUACGUGAACCCUUCAACAAACGGAUCGUGGGCUUGGGGUGAUGGUCUACCACUUCUGGUAGAUGAAGCUGUCGAGAACAAGACAACGUUUGCGAAUUGGUUCAGCAAGACUGCAUUGCCCAGUAACCCAGAGACUUGUUCCGAAAGCCUUAUACUAUACAGCUCCAAAACUUCCCAGCCAGCGUACAGGUUCACAUACGGCGAGACUUUCGGGACAGAGGGCUUGGCAGGCGUGCUUUUAGGAUUCAACGAUGGAUUCAUCUCACCAAUGGCAGGAAACCCGGAUUUCGUGGUGCCGCUAGGUGAGAUUUCGUACUGCAGCACUGUAACAACCAAGGAAGAGAAAAUGCCUGUGUCGCUUCGCAUGAUGGCGGCCAGGGGAUGUGACAGCAGGUAA